AUGUCUGAAACAAGUGGAAACGAGAAGGGCGACAAUGAGCCCAUCUUGCUGGACGAAGCCUCCAUUGAAGAUAAAUAUCCCACAGGACUGACCCUAUGGCUCCUUGUUGGCUCGGUUAUGAUGUCGGUCUUCCUGAUCGCUCUGGACCAGACCAUUGUCGGCACCGCCAUUCCGAAAAUUACUGAUGAGUUCCAUGGGCUUUCAGAAGUCUCGUGGUAUGGAUCAGCAUACUUCAUGUGUCUGGGUGGUUUCCAAUCCUCUUGGGGCAAAGCAUACAAAUAUUUCCCCUUGAAAUCAACCUUUCUUGCGACACUCUUCCUAUUCGAGCUCGGAAGUCUCAUAUGUGGUGUCGCACCAAACUCCAAUGCCCUAAUUGUUGGCCGGGCGAUCUCCGGCGUUGGCGGUGCUGGAAUCGCGACCGGCGGAACUACCAUUGUUGCCUUCUGUGCUGAGCCAAGAAAGCGACCAACCUUCAUGGGAUUAAUUGGAAUCACCUAUGCUGUCGCUGCCGUGGCCGGUCCACUCCUUGGUGGUGUGUUUUCGGAUAAAGUGACCUGGCGCUGGUGUUUCUAUAUCAAUCUUCCAAUCGGAGGUGUCGUUGCGCUUAUCAUCGUGUUCUUUUUCCACCUACCAAGUGCUGUCAAGGUCCAAAAAGCUACCUGGAAAGAGAAAUUCUUACAGAUCGAUCCUGUGGGCAUUGCCCUUGCAAUGGCAUGCAUCAUUUGCUUCAUCCUUGCGCUGCAGUACGCGGGAACCACCUACGCCUGGAAAAGCAGCGAAGUGAUAGGGCUCCUUGUUGGCUUUGUUGUAAUUGCCUUGACUAUGCUUGCCUGGGAAUCCUAUCAGGGCGAAUACGCGAUGCUGGUGCCGAGAUUAUUGAAGCAGCGCGACCUCUGGGCCGCAUCGCUUUACCAGUUUUUCUUCGCUGGCUCGUUCUUUUUACUUCUCUACUACCUUCCUCAAUACUUCCAAAGUGUCAAGGGAGCCGAUCCCAUUGAGUCCGGUGUGGAUAACCUACCCAUGGUGAUUGCCAUCGGAAUCUUUGUUCUCGCCGGCGGCAUCGCCGUCACCAUCACCGGGCGCCCGGCGCCAUUCAUGGCUCUAGGUGCAGCGGUUGCGACAGUCGCGAGUGGUCUCUUCUACACAAUGAACACCCACACUUCUACUGCCAAGUGGAUUGGAUACCAAAUCCUUGCAGGAGCAGCUAUCGCGUUUCCAUAUCAGAACUGCCUCAAUAUUGCUCACGCCAAGGUUGAUGCGGAAGACAUCUCCACCGUCACCGCAAUUCUUUAUUUCUUCCAAACACUUGGGGGCGCAUUCAGCAUCUCGGCUGCCCAAUCGGCAUUUGUCAACAGACUCAUUGCUACUUUGCCCUUGACUGCCCCUGGAGUUAAUCCGCUGGCGGUUUACGCUACAGGUUCCACGGAGCUUCGAACUGUCUUCCCUGCGGAAGAAAUUCCUGGCAUCAUACUUGCAUAUAUGCAAGGUCUCAAAGCCGCAUUCGCUGUUUCCAUCGCAAUGUUCGGAACUGCUUUUGUACUAAGUUUGAUUCUUCCCUGGAAGAAGAUUCAUAGUGACGGAAAGGAGGAUAUUGUUGCUAUAGCUUGA